AUGCAUCCAUUAAAACAUUCAGUAGUCAAUAAACAUGGAUCAAUUACAAUUGCCAAGUCAAGUUUUGACUCCUCCAAAAGAAGGGAAAGGUUGAGGCGUAUGAGUUCCAGAAAUUCAAUUGAUUUUUCAAAGUUUGAAGAGAUUCAAGAAGUUUGUAAACCUCUUAUACUAACUCAUGAAGAUAGUAGAGAGUUAAUGAAAAGAAUGGAUGAAAGUUUUGAAGAAGGUCUACGUCCUGAAACAGCUAAAACUGCUGCUGUUAAAAUGCUACCAUCCUAUGUUAGGGCUGUCUCAAAUGGUACCGAAAGGGGUGAAUUUUUGGCUCUCGAUCUUGGUGGAACAAAUUUUAGAGUUCUCCUUAUUACUUUAAAUGGAAGAGAAAAUCCAAUGUCAUCAAAGAUUUUUAGAGUUCCUGAUUCUAUUAUGAAAGGUACUGGUGAGGCAUUAUUUGAUCAUAUUGCUAAAUGUUUGGCUGAUUUUAUGGAUGAACAUGAUUUAAAGGGAAAAGAAAAAUUACCUUUAGGGUUUACAUUUUCAUUUCCAUGUUCUCAGGAAGGUUUAACAUGUGCAAAAUUAUGUAAUUGGACAAAAGGUUUCAAAGCUACGAAUGUUGAAGGUAAUGAUGUUGUUCAACUUCUUAGGGAAGCAUGUAUUAGGAGAGGUGACAUUGAUAUUGAUGUUGUUGCUGUUCUUAAUGAUACAACUGGAACAAUGAUGGCUUGUGCUUUCCAGGAAACUACUUGCAAUAUUGGUAUCAUUUGUGGGACAGGAUCAAAUGCUUGUUAUAUGGAAAAAAUUAAUAGAAUUUAUAAGUUAAAUGGUGAAAUUGAUCCUGAGACUGAUGGUCAACCUGAUGAAAUGUGUAUUAACACAGAAUGGGGAGGUUUUGGUGAUGAUGGUAAGAUGGAUUUUAUUAGAACCAAAUUUGAUGAAAUCGUUGAUAGUGGAACAAUAAAUCGUGGAAAACAGUUAUUUGAAAAAAUGAUCUCUGGAAUGUAUAUGGGCGAAAUUGUCCGUGUAAUCCUUGAAGACCUAGCAAGAGAGGGAAUUAUUUUUGGUGGAGAUUAUUAUGGUAUAUCUCAACCUGGAGUAUUCCCAACAAAGUAUGUUUCUGAAAUUGAGGCUGAUAUAGCAAAUGAUCAAGAUAGAACAUUCCUUAAAACACAAUCUAUUUUAGAAGAUAUUGGUAUUGACUGUCCUACACCAACAGAUUGUUCUAAUGUUGCAUAUGUUUGUUCAAUUGUUUCAACAAGAGCUGCACAUUUAUGUGCUAUAGGUAUUGCUACAUUGAUAAAUAGAAUCAACAAACCAAUGGUUACUGUUGGAAUUGAUGGAUCUGUAUACAGAUUUCAUCCAACAUUUCCCGAAUUGCUAGAUCAAAAAGUAGAAGAAUUAGUUAAUCCAGGUCUGGAUUUCCAAAUCAUGCUUUCGCAUGAUGGCUCUGGUCGUGGAGCUGCUUUAGUAGCUGCAGUAGCAACAAGAAUAAAUAAAGAAGCUGGAGUUAAUUAG